CCUCCUCGAACGCACUACGACAACAACAUGCGACGAAAGUGUGUCAGAAGGAAAGCAUCUCGGUCAAUAGAGUUCUAACUCUCUGCUGACGAACCACUGUCUGAGCUGUCAACAUAAAAGACUGGGAGCUGUGUCUUUUAUUCUGGUUUAACCGCUAUCUGACAGGAUGGGCCGUGGUUACUUAGUAGAGGAUGCUGUGGAGAAAUAUCUGUCUGAACUCUGCACACAACAUGCAGUUCCAGUCACAGGACUGCUUAUUGGACAAAGCUCAACCCAAAGGGAUUUUGUCAUCAUGGCAACACGUACACCACAAAGGGAGGAAUCACCCUCAAAACAAGAGACAUCCCCUGACAAGGAGUGGGUUACAGAGCACGCCCGACAGGUGUCCAGAAUGUUGCCUGGAGGACUGUCUGUUUUGGGAGUCUUCAUAAUCACAGAGAAUGAUGGCAAGGACACACAAACCGCACUCAGACAGCUUGUGUUUGCAGUGGAGAACCUGAUCUCUUCAGAGCGCCUGUGGAGCCCCGCAGAUGACGACGUCACAGACUGUGUCACACUGCACAUCAACCCUAAAACCAGAAAAACAGUCUGCAGAACCUUUGAUGUCAAAGACCCCAAGUGCAUGGCCAAGCCUGCAGACUGGAAGUAUCAGUCUGGUGUGUGUUCCUCCUGGUCCAUGCUCUCAUGCUGUCUUAAUGUGGACAUGUUGGUACCACUCCCAGACAACAGGGCCGUCACUGAAGACAUGGAAACAUGUCUUAAGGAUGGUCUGAAAAUAUGGGCUGACAAAAUUUGCAGUGGAGUUUGUCUGAUUGAUGGGAAAAAGCUGCCAGAAGACACGGAGCUCACAACAGGACAGAAAAGAAAUAUGAGACAGAUAUUUACCACCCAGCUGCUCAUCACACAGAAUGAACAGAGGUCCACCAAAGAUGUCAUUCAGUCAUGUGGAGGCAGUGUGUCAGUCAGAGGAACAGUCCAUGCAAGAGCAUAUCUGCACAACAACAAGCCAAGGGCUAAGCUGGCUGAGAAGUUGCUAAAGAGAGAUGUAGUUUCCACAGUGGCUACACGGGUUCAAAUGCUUCUAGAGGAGCUGCUGACAUCAGAGGUGGAGAGCAAGUCAAAAGAUGGUUGGUCAACUGAACAACUCUGUCUUCCUCGUCGGGUAUUUUGUCUUCUCAAAGGGGCUGGAUCACUGUGCGUGUGUGAUUACCAGUUCAAUGAUGAAGGCCCCGGUGAGGUAACUGACAGACUGAAGGAGAUGCUUGACAUUGAUGCAGCCGAGGAAGACUUGGAUACCAGGCAGGAGCUGAAUGCUGAAAUGGUAGCACAUGUUGUUGAAACAGAGUCCAGUGUGCCUGUGGAUAGUUUGCCUGAACCAAAGAAAAGCAACUAUGCUGGUGCCGCCAUUGCUGCUGCUGCCGCUGUACUUGCUGCUGCUGCAUCGAUGCUCUAUCUCAGUGAAGCCUGACAUGAAAACAAUGAUACUUGAAUAAAAUAAAGUUUAUUUGUUCUAAA